AUGCCAGUUUCCACAACCUUCUCGCCCGACGGCCGGCUACUGGUGUCCGGCUCUGACGAUGGUAUCGUGCGGCUCUGGGACGCGGCGACGGGCAGCCUGCAGCAGACUCUCAAGGGCCACUUGGACUCGGCUUGGUCAGUAGCCUUCUCACCCGACGGCCGGCUCCUGGCGUCCGGCUCUAGCGAUGAGACAGGCGACCUGCAGCUGAUUCUCGAAGGCCACUCAGGCUCGGUUAACUCGGUGGCCUUCUCACCCGACGGCCGGCUCCUGGCGUCCGGCUCCAGUGAUAGGACUGUGCGGCUCUGGGAUACAGCGACGGGCGGCCUGCAAGAGACCUUGAACACUCAGGGAGCUGUCUUCGAAAUCGAAUUCACUCAAGAUGGUUCAUAUCUAAUCACCGACCAAGGCACCUUCGAUGUUCCGUCGAGGCUGAAUCUGAAAGGAGGUGGCACUUCCUCCAACGAGGACAAUUUUGGCGAUUCAGGCGACCGGCUAUACACGCUGGAAGCAUCAUCCUUCGAUACAAAGGGAUCUGCCAUGUUUGACAGGAGUUUGUGA